UGAUAACAGCACACCACUGCCCAUCACAGCAAUAAUAACUAUAAUAGUUAAUGUUGUAUUAUGUUUAAUUCAAGUCAAAAGCCCUAAAAAAGUCCAAAAGCACACGUCAAAGGUACCGGAUUAGUGAUUUUUCGUCAAAAAACAACCGUGUCACAAUGUCGUCUUGGAAGAAAGCGUCGAAAGUUAAUCAGAAAACUCAUCGUGAACGUCACCAACCCGAACUACGUGAGAAAUAUGGUUUGUUGGAGAAGAAAAAGGACUACAAAGUGCGCGCCAGACACCAUCAGGAACGCGAGCGCGUGAUGAAGUUGUUGAAGAAACGUGCACAAAACCGCAACCCGGAUGAGUUUUAUUUCCACAUGGUCAAAUCCAAGGUAGAAGAUGGCCGCCACACGGAAAUACGCGAAGAAGACGAACAUACCGAAGACCAAAUAAAACUGAUGCAAACAAAAGAUUUGAAGUAUAUUAAUAUGCGAGCUACCAUGGAGAGAAAAAAAGUGGAACGCUUGCAGUCGGAAUUGCACUUUCUCGAUCAAGCGAAUCAAACAAAAAAUACACAUAUGUUUUUUGAAGACGACGAAGCGCACAGCUCCACCAGUCUGGCCAACAAAUUGAAUACUCAUCCGGCACUGGUCGACAGGAAGACGAAUCGCUUACGGAUGUCGGAUUUGGAAACAAUAGAAUUGCCCGACAUUGACGAGGAAACAAUUAAGCAAGUCGUCUCCGAAAAACGUAAAGCCUACCGCGAACUAGAACGACGCAAAACCAGGGAAAAAGAACUAACGGUCGUGCAGAGAAAACUAGAGAUCAAAACCCAUUUGAUUAGAUCCAAGAAAAACGAAGCACCCAAAAGGAUACAACCCGCGACCAAAGAUUCUGCGCCCAUUUACAAAUGGAAAUAUGAAAGAAAAAAAUAAAUGAUAUUAUAGAAAACAAUUUGCGAUUUUGUAUAUUUUCUCUUUUUGAAUAAAUUAACAUUUAUCUAUUAUAAAGUAACGAAUAGUAAAAAAAAAAAAAAAACAUCUCAAUAUAAAAUAAUAACAAAAAAAAAAUACUUCCAUAAUAAACAUUUAGCGAGUUAAACGUUCAAAACUUUCAAUUAGUCUGAUAAACCACGUAUUUGGGUUUGAAGUCGUUGUUUUGUAAUUUGCUCAUCUGACAAUCAUCGGUGGAAAAUUCUGAAACAUAACAAUUCGUUUAAUUAUUAUCUUAUUAUUGUUCAUCUUGUAAUAUAAAAUAUAGUAGGUACUUAUGAAGAUGUAAAAACUUAGUGUUUCAACCAGUGAAGUAGUCCUGAAAAAUCAUAGUGUAUUCAAAGC